GCCAGCAGCCGCUAAUUGGUCGCGGGUGUCCGUAGCAAGUUAUGGUUGUUUGACUUCCAUCCACGACAAAACGCGUUCUGUUUGCUGUUUAGAGAAACCACAUUUGCGAAGGAUAGCAAGUGAUUUUUUAAUUCGACAAAAAAUAAAACCCUUGGUCCUGUGGCUAGUAGCUCCUUCACAACCUUCACAGCCUCUCCAUAACGGCGACACUGGAUCUAGCAAAACAGCCAUCGCAACAUGCUAUGGUGACCGACUCUUCGCUUUGAAGCAAGGCCGUGGCGAAAUGCUGUUUCAAUGGUCAUUUUAGAACCGCUCGGGCUCGAAUCGAUAUACCAGUGCCGAAUGCCUACACACCUGGAUCUGGGCCGCCACUGCAAAAGCUACGUUUACAACCACCAAGCGACUCCGAAGCUUAUAUAAUAGAGCGCAUUUUGCUGCCGUCCCCAGGGCUGGCCAGAGAUGGCAAACCUCUACCGAAACGAAUGACGUACAUCGUCGGCUGGAAGAACCAGCCGGCAGCCAGACUGCUUGUCCCAGUUCUGAAUAUUCUUGACUAUGUGUCGCCGUUUGUCUUUGAGCAAUUUGAAUUUGACACCGAGAUGAAACUUGAGGAACGACGUGCCUCGUUGGAGAAAGACAAACAGGCAGGCAAGAAACGGCCAGAAAGACCACCGAAAUCGCACGGCUCCAACAUUGAAUCAGCUGUGGUUGUCACAGCCGAGUCGGACUUGCGCCGUCCAAAAUCAGGGACUAUGAGCCUCUCGACACCGACGAAACGCAAGAUACAGGACCUAGAAGAGGUAGUAGAUGAUGAAAGCAGUUCAUCACGACAGGAGCAGCCAGGUUAUGCCGCGAUUACCGCAGAAGGCAGCCCAGCAGGAAGCCAGGCUGCCGCUGAUGCACAGGUUUGGGCGGAAGUGAAGCAUGGAGACAUCCUCGUCGAAGACUCAGAGAGCGAUGAGGAUAGCUUUCCUCUUAUAAUGCCACCAGAAACACCGUUGAUGAGUCGCGUACCAAACUCUACAAGUGAGGUACACGAAGCUUGGUUGCAGCCUCCAUCGUCAAGCGCAUCAAAAGCCGCGAAACCCAAUCCCCCCAAGCCAAACUAUAAAAAGCCCGUUCCCAAAAUCGCAAGCCCCGAGACUGAGGAAGAAGAAUGGACUGUCAAGCGGCUAGAUGAUAUGAAUGAGUAUAUUGUGGAAGGCAGAGGACGGGUUCGAUACUUCAAGGUUUUGUGGGAAGGGAACUGGCCGCCGGAUAAGAAUCCGACUUGGGAGCCAGAAGCAAAUCUCCCCAAAGCCUUGGUAAAAGAAUUCCUCAAGGAGAAAGCGGAAAAGGAAAAGGCGAGGCGCCUUGCAAAACCCAAAGAUACCCCCAGCGGUCUGAAGCAGACAAAGUUGUCAUGGCCGUUUGCCCCAUAGAAACGGAAGUCAAUUGUAUUAUAGCUAUGGCCAAGUAUAGCCUGGGCCUACGAAAGACAUCAUGUAUUCAUGUAAUGAGGAUAAAGCUUUAUUAAACCAAGCACCAAACGUUCUAAAUAUCUAUCGCCAGUUACCAUGCCUUUGUCAUUGUGGCGCCGAACUGUAUUGGCCUACGGGAUAUGUGGCAAAGGCGACGUUGGGUCAGGCACGAAACAAGAGCAACGGCUGAAGGUUUGAGAGAGGCCCAAAGCAAUAUAUGUACUUGUGGUCUCUAUGAUGGUCUCUUUCUUGUCGGCGACAUCGCGCUUGCUGAUGAUUGUUGCCGGCUGAAGCUUGCUUAGAUGUUUACUCAAUGUAUCUUGGGUCAGCCCACGAAUACACAGGGUUCUUGUAACACCUUUUGCAGAUAUAGUAGCAGAUGUCGAUUUUCGAAGCGGGAAGGAAGCAGUUUUGAUGCACUCGACGGAUAUAGGGGCUUCCAAGUCGCUUCCAUUAAUUGGACUACUUUUGGACGAGGACACGGCCGCAAGAGCCGCUGCUGGCGAUAAAUAUUCGAUCAAAAUGCUUUUAUCGCUAUUAAUUCUUGAAAGGGUAUUAGGUAGUACGGCACAGGUGAUGAUUUGACCGAACGUUGCAAAGUAGUGUACUAGUCGAGAUGGAGGGCAGUUUGGUGGAAUGUCAGUCACCAAGAUCCGCCUACUUUUAUUGGCUCCUCCGUGGGCAACAAGGUUGAGACCAAAGGCAUCCUGUGUAUAGUUUAAUGUGGUUCCAUUUUGUGAAAUGAGCAGUGCGGGAUCGACGGCUGCGUCUUUCGUUGAAUCUGGACUGGGGUUUGUGAUUGACUCGGCGGCCUUUGAAUGGUAUAGUCUGCGGGGAAUCAGAAUUGGCGGGGCUAACAAGUC